GAAAUUGAGGGGAUACGUUGGCCAUGCUGUUUUUACAAGCUGAACGGAUGUUUUUGGGCUUCGUCCUCUGCGUCUCAGGGGCUCUGGGAGCAGAGAGAAGCGUCUGUGUCCUGAAGGGCUCAUCAGUCAGUCUGACUUGCUUUGCUGGAAAUCCAGCCGCGCCCACGAGCUGGCACUACCUCAAGGAAAACAAAACUCUGAGUGUAAUCAAAGAGAUUUCUGAAAGUGUCACCUACAGCAUAACAGAGAACGGGACUCUGACUAUCAGAGAUAUAAAGAAAAGUGAUGAGUACAGCUUCUGCUGCCAAGAAUCCAGCGGGGAAUGUCCGGAGAACAGAACGAAGCUCCACGUCACAGACCUCCAGGUAAAGGUGUUUCCUGCCUCAGAGGGACAGAAAGUGACUCUGAUGUGCUCAAGCAGCUGUUCUCUGACUGAAAGCCCUGCAGCCUUCAUCUGGUACCAGAACGGAGAGUUCCUCUAUGAGGACUGGUCCCCCUGGUACCAAGAGCUGGUCAGCAGUGACCAGGCAGUCAGAUACUCCUGUGCUAUCAAAGGCUACGAGAAUCUCAGAGCUCCUGACGUCUCAGUGGACUUCAUCAAUUCAGACUGUUUCGGUGUGACGUAUUUAAAUUCAGAAAUGUGUCCUGAGAAGCUGAAAUCAGCCAAAGGGCUGUGCUCCAUCACGUACCCCAGAGAAGUACGAGUUAAAAUGCUCACUGAAACGGAUUACAUCACGCUGAUCUGUAACACCAGCUGCCCCGCCGCUGACGCUCACACCGCCUUCACUUGGAACUGGAACAGAAAAGCUUUCAUGGACUGCACCAGUCAGGACAUUAUGUUAUUUAAAUCUGACGACUACGUCUCCUGCGCUGUUAAAAACAAUGAAUAUAUGCACUCUGAUGAGAUCUGCACAAAGUCCGGAAACGUGAAUUAUGUCAGCAGGAGCUUGUGCAUGCUGGAAGGAGCUUCUGUAAACAUUUCCAGCAAAUACACAAAGCAACACUCAGCCCAUUCCGACUUGUUAUCGUGGUAUAAAAUAAAGCGAGACAUGAAGGAGGAGGCUGACGUCACCGUUAUAGAAGCUGGAGGCCGGGUAGAGCACCACAACAUGAAUAAUUAUGAACAUACGCUCACAAUCAACAACCUGAUGAAGAAUGACUCCGGAGAAUACAUGUUCACUCUCAAUAAGUAUGAUAAAUGUGAUCAGCCUGACCUGCUGGGAGCGAUCCUGGUGGUCACAGGUCUGAAGGUGACCAUGACUCCCUCCGACGUGGUGACAAAAGGUCAGAGAGUCACACUGACCUGCAGUACAAGCUGCCCUCUGAGUGAGGAGACAACCUACCUGUGGUUCUUCAAUGAGCAACCGCUGAGCCUCAGUGGGGGCCACAACAAACAAGUUGUUCUAAACCCAGUCAGAAGUCGGCAUGCAGGAAACUACUCCUGUGCGAUCAGCACCCCUCAGAACAUCAGCUCAACCCUGGAGGUGCUUACCGUCAGAGACGGAGAUAAUACUGCGAUAAUGGCAAUGAACAUAACAAAACUGGUGUUUUUGUUGCUGCUUCCUCUUGUUGGAUGUAAGCUGUACUUGAUGCUGAGAAAAAGAAAAACUGCAACUCGCCCAGCCAAGCCGAGUGAAAAAGUGGGAACCGAAGAGGUGACGACGUCCCAACAUGAGAUAGUCCCGCUUACGGACAGAAACCCUCGUCCUGAAAGAAAGCCGAAAGACAGGCAGCAGGACUUUGUGUAACGACUUGACUUUAUGGGCUGCGGUAUUUGAUAUAAGCCCUGAAAAUAAUGUACAGGGUUCAUAAAAAAAGCAACUUUAAGUGUCAAAGAUAAGGCCUUUUCCGUUGAUAUCACUUCUUGCUUAUGGGGUGGAUGUAACUUCUUAAUCUAGAGACACGUUCGAGCGCCGAUGUUCUCAGAUCAAGAAAGAUAAUCGUAACCUUUCAUUAAACAGGAUUCCACAAACCUGUGCAAACUAAGUAGUAAAGAUAACAUCACAUUUACUAAGGUUUUGCAAAGCCUCUGUUAAAAUAUCUGAAAUAUUCGGACUUAAAUAAUGGAGACAAUGUUUAUCUUCUGCCAUUAAUGUGGCCUUUCAAUAAAGAAAAACAAAUAUGUCAGAAGAUAAAGAUUAAGAAAAAUGAAAAAGGCACAACAACUUAAUUAAGUAGGUGUGCACACCGUUAAACAAAUACUUGUUUAAAGCACCUUUUGUCUCCGUUUUAGCCUUUUAAUUUACUUUGGUAGAGUCCUUUUCUCACGUCUUUACUUAGUCGUAUAUUCCUAAUCUAGCUUUCAAAAUUUCUCCAUCUGAAAAGGGGUUACUUGUUCCUACCAGAAUAUCACAUAUUCUUGCUUAACUGAACUUUUGGUCAAACACUUCCAGUUUGGUUCUUCUACCGUAGAGCAUUCUUUACCAAAGUUUUUUAGAAGAUUUUAGCUAAGUUUUCUUUUUAGAAAAUAUUCCUGAAAUUGAGCACUUUUACUCAGUCCAGACAUACAGAGCAGAUUGUUUUCACGCAGAUAAAUCAACCAGAGCUUGUUGGAAAUUGCUGCAGCUACUUUAGCCGCUUAGCAUGACAGUUAAUGUUUGACAUUUGUAUCAAUUUGGAAGGAAAAAAAAA